UGUUAUUGGUAUAGCUUUAUUAACGGAGUUAUAUAUAUGAGAAUUAAUUGAAAAUAUUUUAAUAUAAUUAGUGGUAUAUAUUCACACAUAAUAUAAGUUUGUGUACCACCAAAAAAGAAAAUGAUGAUGAUGAGCACCAGAAAACCUCGAGUGAUGGUGGUACCUUUUCCAGCCCAAGGUCAUGUGAAACCCCUUCUCUUCUUUGCUCACAAGCUUGCCCAACAUGGCUUUAGAAUCACUUUCGUUUACACUGAUUUCAUCCAUAACAGGAUCUUGAGUACUAGUACUGAUCAUCAUCAUGCCAUGAAUAAUAAUAAUAAUAUUAAUGAUUUUGAUAAGGCAAGAUCAGAGAACAUCGAGUUUGUGUCAAUCCCAGAUGGGCUGAGUCCUGAGGCCAAUAGAAAUGAUGUGACUGUUUUAGCUAAAGCAGUGAUAGAAAAUAUGGCUGUGCACCUUGAAAAGCUCCUAUUAUCUAUAAAUGGAAAUAGUAGUAAUUCGAACGACAAGAUUAGUUGUGUCGUUUCUGAUGUUUAUAUGGGUAUUGGCAUGGAAGUUGCAGCUAAGAUGGGUAUUGAAGGUGCAAUGUUUUGUCCUUGUUCGGUUGCUAAUCUCUGCACAAUAAUGAAUAUACCAAAAAUGAUACGUGAUGGGAUUCUCGAUGAUUCUUAUGCUCAAGGCCAUGUGAAACCCUUGGUGCUCUUUUCUCACAAGCUUGCCCAACAUGGUUUUAAAGUCACUUUCGUUUACACUGAGUUUGACUAUAACCGAAUCAUGAGUGCCAUGAAGAGCCAUCGUGAUUAUGAUGAUGGUAAUAUUGAGUUGGUGUCAAUCCCAGAUGGUCUGAGGCCAGAGCACGAUAGAGUUGAUCUUGGGGAUUUAAGUGGAGCAAUCACGAAAAGUUUCCCUAUAGAGAUUGAAAAACUGAUAAGAGCAUCGAAGGAGAAGAUUAGGUGUGUGGUUUCCGAUGUUUAUGUUGGUUGUGCGUUGGAAGUGGCAACUAAGAUGGGUGUCAAAACAGCUGCAUUUUGCCCUUCUUCGGCUGCUCUUCUUCUCUACAUUUUGCAUAUACCAAAGAUGGCACACGAUGGGAUCUUGGAUGUUUCCGAUGGAAGUUCAACCCAGAAACAAAUAAUUCAACUAUCUGGUAACAUGCCUAGCAUAAACACAGAAAAGUUUCCAUGGAACAUUGGUGAUUCAACUACACAAAAGAUAACAUUUCAUCUUUGUUUCAAAGCAUGUCAAGCUUCACAAAUACCAGAUUGGAUUUUGUGCAAUACAACUCAUGAUAUUGAAUCUUCUGCACUUUCCUUAAAUCAAAAGUUUCUUCCAAUAGGCCCAUUAAUGGUAAACAAAACUAAUAACAAUAGUUUAUCAGAUAUUACAGGAUCACAAUUUUGGGCUGAAGACUCAUCUUGUUUAAAUUGGCUUGAUCAACAACAACCUUGCUCAGUCAUAUACAUUGCAUUUGGUAGCAUGGCAAUCCAUGACAAUGCCCAAGUUCUUGAACUAGCUCGAGCCUUAGAGCUCAUUGGUAAGCCCUUUCUUUGGGUUGUUCGUCCAGGUUUCAUUUCACGGGAAUUGAAUCAGGAUUUAUUUGACCCAAACAAAUUUAUAGGCAAAAAUAGUUUUGGAAAAAUAGUUAGUUGGACACCUCAACAAAAGGUUUUGGGUCACCCUUCUAUUGCUUGCUUUGUCAGUCAUUGUGGUUGGAACUCGACUAUAGAAGGUUUAAGCAAUGGAGUGCCUUUCUUGUGUUGGCCUUAUUUUGGUGAUCAAUUUUUGGAUAAGAGCUAUAUAUGUGAUGUUUGGAAAGUUGGGAUGGAGUUUGAACCCAACCAAAAUGGAAUCAUAGUGAGUGAAGAGAUAAAAAGGAAAGUAGAUAAAGUUUUAGGUGAUGAGGAUAUAAGGAAAAGGUCAUUGGAAUUGAAGGAAUUGAUCCUCAAAAAUAUAGCUACAGAUGGUCAAUCUUCAAAAAAUAUGAAUAAAUUUACUGAAUGGUUAAAGGUGUUAUAAUAAGGAUUUUUUUAUUCUAGGUACUUGUAUUCUUAUUUGAUUUAGUAUUCAUCACUAAAUGAACAAGAUCCAAUAAUAUUAUGUCCUAAGGUUUUAAUGUGGGGAUAUUGU